UUAGUUUCAAUUUUUAUUGUACACGUUUACUCUUAUUUUCAUGUUCAAUAGUCGUUUAGACGCAUCAUCUUUUUACGAUAGUAAAUCUUGAACUGAUUUUCACUUUCUGUGACUUUUUUUUUUUUACAAUAAAAUAUUGGACUACAAAUAAAGGCAUGUCAGAAGCAAAUGAUGUGGUGAUAUCGGGUAUUGCUGGACGAUUUCCUGAAUGUGACUCUACCGAAGAGUUUAAAGAGAAAUUAUAUAAUAAUGCAGAUUUAUUGACAGAUGAUAAUAGAAGAUGGUCUCCCGGCAUGUAUGGAGUUCCAUCAAGGUCUGGAAAAUUAAAGGAAAUAGAUAAAUUUGACGCAGAGUUUUUUGGAAUCCAUACAAAAUUAGCUAAUGCCAUGGAUGCACAACUUAGAAUUUUACUUGAAGUUACACAUGAAGCUAUAGUCGAUGCAGGAAUUAAUCCAAAGGAUAUACGUGGAACAAAAACAGGGGUGUACGUUGGUAUGAUGACCAACGAAUCUUCAGACUAUUUUGAACGUACACCAGAAAAAUUGACUGGAUAUGAAACUAUAGGUGUAAUUAGAUCUAUGGUAGCUAACAGACUUUCUUUUCAAUUCAAUUUUAAUGGCCCGAGUGUCGCUAUUGAUACUGCAUGUUCAAGCGCGCUAUUUUGUUUACACCAAGCUAUCACUGCAAUAAAAACGGGUCAAUGCGAUGCAGCUAUUGUUGCAGGAACUAAUUUACUCCUAAAACCAGCCACUUCAGUUAUGUAUCAUCGAUAUAAUAUGCUUAGUCCUACAGGAACAAGCAGACCUUUUGACAUUGGCGCUAAUGGAUACGUAAGAAGUGAAGCUAUUGUUGCUUUAUACAUAAGAAAAUCAGCGGAUGCUAAACGAAUAUACGCGACUGUAGUCGGAACGUCCACUAAUACCGAUGGAUUCAAAAUCGAAGGCGCCACAUAUCCUUCGCAGUCAGUACAAAGUCAGCUAAUUAGAGAUACUUACGCGCGUGCUUAUUUAAAUCCCAAUGAUGUCCAUUAUGUCGAAGCUCAUGGAACAGGGACAACUGUUGGAGACAGACAAGAGUUGAACGCCAUUUCGGAUGUGUUUUGUAUUAACCGUAAAACUCCUUUGCUUGUUGGAUCGGUUAAAUCAAAUAUGGGUCACGCAGAACCAGUAUCAGGUUUAGUGUCAAUAGCAAAGGUGCUGUAUGCGCUAGAAACAGGAAUUAUUCCGGCUAAUAUUAAUUUUGAAACACUAAACCCCAAUAUUCCAAAACUUGUUAGUGGAGAAUUGAAGGUUGUUGAUAAGCAAACGCCAUUACCGGGAAAUUUAGUUUCUAUUAAUUCAUUCGGCGUUGGAGGAUCAAAUGUUCAUGUUAUUCUAAGAGCUAACGAUAAAAUAGCACAGAAAAUUCCAUUACCAACACUCGAAAUUCCUAGACUAGUGUUUUUGUCAGGACGAACUAGAGAAGCGUUGGACGAACAAUUUGAAGCUAUUGAAAAAUAUGCAGAUAACAACGAUCUAUUAACUUUAAUCAAUGAUAUUUAUAAAUCAACAAUUCCUGGUUACAAGUUAUCUGGUUAUUCAAUUCUCGGACAAUCCCCUCGGAAUGUUGAAAUAGCUCAAAGUAAUGUGUCCGGUGAUAAAAGGCCAAUCUACUUCAUUUUUCCCGGUAUGGGAAGUCAAUCGUUAGAAUUAGUCACCGAUUUAGUAAAGUUUGAAGUGUUUAAACAAACUGUAGACAAUGCACAUUCCAUAUUAAUUCCAUAUAACUACAGUGUUUAUGAUUUAUUUUAUAAAUCUGACGAAAAUACGUUUAAGAGUAUAAAGAAUACUAUGUUCACAGUUCUUAUUGUACAGAUAGGUCUUGUUGAUAUUUUACACUCACUUGGUAUCAAUCCCGACGGUAUCAUUGGUCAUUCAGUUGGUGAACUGGCCUGUGCGUAUGCAGAUGGUUGCUUCACAUUAGAAGAAGCGUUAUUGACAAUGUACUGGAGGUCUACAAUUUUGACACAAAUUGACGUACCCGCUGGAGCUAUGGUUGCAGUAGGACUAUCGUGGGAAGAGACACAAAAGAAACUUCCCGAAGGUAUAAUUGUCGCUUGUCAUAACAGCGAAGACAGUGUUACAAUUUCGGGACUUAAAGAUAUAACUUUGAAAUUCACUGAAACUCUAAAACACGAAGGUAUAUUUGCUAAACCUGUAGAUUCGAUGGGUUACGCUUUCCAUUCGCCAUACUUAAAUGGGUUUAUCCCGUCGUUGAGACCAUAUUAUGAAAAGGUAAUGUCUAAUCCUAAAAAAAGGUCUAGUCGGUGGUUGAGUACAACAUUUCCGGAAUAUCAAUGGAAUUCACCGGAAGCCAAAUACUCGUCGGCGGAUUACCAUUUAAAAAAUAUAAGUUCACCAGUUUACUUUCAUGGUGCAAUGAAACAUGUACCCGAAAAUGCUAUAACCAUUGAAAUUGCUCCUCAUUGUUUAUUACAAGCAAUUUUGAAGAGAUCAUUGCCCCCUACAGUGACAAAUGUCGGCCUGACUAAGAAAACUGUUUCAAAUCAUGUGAAUUUCUUGUUGGAAGCUAUUGGAAAGUUAUAUAUUGCCGGAGCAGAGCCGCAAUUACAGAAUUUGUAUGGUAAAGUAGAGUACCCUGUAGUUAGAGGUACUCCAAUGAUAUCUCCAAUGUUAAAAUGGGAUCAUUCAAAUGACUAUGUAGUUCCAAAUUUUGUGGAAAAGAUUUCCGGGUCAGAGUAUAAUCAAGUCGAAAUUGAUAUUAAAACAAAACAAGAUAAAUAUUUAGCCGGUCAUGCCAUUGAUGGACGUAUACUUUAUCCUGCAGCUGGAUAUAUAACAUUAGUAUGGAAAGCUUUUGCAAAACUACAAGCAAAAUGGUUUGAAGACGUUCCAGUUGUUUUUCGAAAUUUAAAAUUUUUCAGGCCAACUGUUCUUAAUACUGAGGUGACAGUAAAAUUCGACAUUAAUAUUUUUCAUGGAUCGGGUGAGUUUGAAUUAUUAGAAGGAGGAUCAUUAACGGUUACAGGAGGUAUACAAUUAUUCACCCCAAACUCCGACGAAAAUCAAAUAGAACAUCUUGCAACCAUUUCAGAACAAAUGGAAUUAAAUUCUGAUGAUUUUUACAAGGAGUUGAGACUUCGAGGAUAUCAGUAUAAAGAUGAGUUUUUAGGUUUUGUAGAAGCAAACAGUGAAGGUUCUAGAGGUAAAGUGGCCUGGACUGGAAAUUGGGUAUCGUAUAUUGAUACUCUGUUACAAUUUGAACUUAUAUCUAUAAAAACUAGAGAGCUUCGUUUGCCAACAUACAUUAAAGAAAUUAUCAUUGAUCCUGUGUAUCAUAAGCAAGUUGCGGAAAGAUCGUCGAAUUCAAAUGAAAUUGAAGUAAACCAUUAUGGAUAUGCUAAGACGACGCAAUCGGGCGGAGUCACUAUCUCCAAAUUGAAAGUGACGCCUGCACCUUUGAAAAAGAAUGCCCAACUUCCAGCAACUCUGGAACGUCAUUCAUUUAUUCCAUAUACAUAUACAUCAAAUGAAUUAACUACGUAUGAGAUUCUUUACUCUAUGAUUGGAUUAUUCAUGGAAAACAUAGGAGUACACUAUGUAAAAGCAGCAGAAAUCCAUAACAAUAACGUAUUGGCAACGGAAAUUGUUCAAAUUAUUGAAGCAGAAGCCAAUUUUUAUGUGGACUAUACAAUUCUUUCGAACAAGGCAGUUAAUAUCGAACAAAGCAAGCUAUCAUCAUUAGAUAUUGAAAUUGUUGACUUCAAUAUUCAAAAUGCUCCAUUAUCCGAUGCAUACCAAUUGAUAGUUGCUGAUGAUAUUAAUUUUGACACUACUGUAUUGGAUAAAAUUUCUUCGGCAUUAACUCCAAGAGGAUUUGUUCUUUUGGUUGAAAAUAUUUCUGCACUUACUCCAACUACAUUGGAAUCGUUAAAUCUCCAAAUAGUGUCUGUUAUUGAAAAAGGCGACAAGAAAUACUUCUUGUUGAAAAAAAUUUCACCAAAAUAUCAGUACACGACUUUAAACAUUGAGGAUGGACAGUUUUCGUGGGUGGAAUCAUUGAAAAAGGAAUUAGCCGACAUUAAAGGAAAUCCGAACAAAAAGGUUAUACUUUAUAGUGAUAAAAAUAUCAACGGUGUUCUCGGUCUGUCUAAAUGUUUAGUUGAAGAAUUUAAUGGUGAAGAAAAUCCCAUCAGGUGUAUCCUAACCGAAUCUGGUAAAAAAUAUACUUUGAAAGAUUUUACUGCACUCCUUGAAACCGAUCUGUUCUUUAACGUGGAGCGAAAUGGAACUUGGGGAUCUUACAGACAUUUACCAAUUGAUGUAAAAAUUGUUUCAAAUAUUCAAACAACUGAAGCUAAAGUGUCCGUACAGUCUAAGGGCGAUCUGACAACACUUCAAUGGGUUCAGGCGUCAAAAUAUUUCAACAGCAGUGACAGCAGUGAUUCUAUAACUAUAGCGUAUACCGGAGUUAACAAUGUCGACUUGGCUGCACUUUCUUCAAUGAAAACCGACUUUGGAGUAGAAUUUUCUGGUUUUAAGACAAAUGGUCAAAAGGUAAUGGGAUUGGUUAAAUCUGGAGCUCUAUCAACGACAGUUAGUCAGAGUAAUGCUAUUGUAUGGGAUGUACCAAAAAGUUGGACUUUGCAACAAGCCGCCACUGUUCCAUACUCUUACUUUUUGGCCACUUAUGCUUUAAUACAUAAAGGAAAGUUAUCGGAAUCUAAAAACGUGUUGAUAUUUGUUGGCGGAAACAGUGUGAAUUACGCGGCUAUUUCAAUUGCACUAUCACUCAAGUGCAAAGUGUUUGUUGUAGCCGAAACUAAUGAACAGCUUGAAAUUAUUAAAAGCGAUUACCCAGAAGUGAGUCAAGUUUCAACUACGAGAUUUGAUUCAAAAUUCAUUCACUCGGUAUCAACGUUGACUCUAAAUCAAGGAGUUGAUUAUGUGGUUUUGUCCAAAGAUUGUUCUAAUCGUUUGCCGGAACUGCUCGCUGUUGAAUCAAAAAUUAUAAUCACCGAAAAUACAAACGUAUCAGCCUUAUCAAAUUCACAAAAUGGAUUUGAAGUAAUAUCAGCCAAGUUUGAAGAUAUUUCUAUUUUAAAUAAUCAAUAUGCAGAUAAUAUUCAUUCAUUCGUCGAUUCAAGAAUAAAGAAAGAUAUUGUAAAACCUUUACCGUUCACUAUUUAUCCGUAUUCUGAAGUUGAGUCGGCUUUCAGAUCCUACUCCAAUAAUAAGACUGGAAAGAAGAUAAUAGUUGAAGUGUCCGGUGAGACGCCGACCGUAAACUUUGCAGCAUACCGUCGGGUAUAUUUUGAUCCAAGCAAAAGUUACAUACUUUCGGGUGGUCUUGGUGGAUUUGGAAUGGAACUUACGGAGUGGGCAGUAGAGCGCGGGGCAAAGAAUAUUAUUCUCUGUUCUCGGAGUGGAAUUCAAACAGGAUACCAGAAAUAUAGAGUAAAUAUUUGGAGAAGCCAAAACAUCAAAGUGGAAAUCAGCACAUUCGACCUGACUACAUUGUCGGGAGCCAAAGAAACUGUGAAAUUGGCUCUCAGUCUAGGUCCACUUGGUGGAAUUUUCAACUUGGCCGGGGUUUUGAGAGACGGAAUUUUCGAAAACCAAACAGUUGAUAACUUCCAGACUGUGUACAACAGUAAAGUGUUAACCACUAAGUAUUUAGACGAAGCUUCGGAAGGUGUUAGUAAGGAUAUUGAGUAUUUUGUCACGUUUUCGUCCAUUUCUUGCGGUCGAGGAAACAGGGGACAAACCAAUUACGGUUACGCAAACUCUAUCAUGGAAAGGAUUUCGGAGCAAAGACAAAAACGAGGACUACCGGCGCAAUCUAUUCAAUGGGGAGGCAUCGGUGACGUCGGAAUGGCAUAUCUAUUAACUCGUGGUAAUGAAGAAAAAGAAAUCAAUGGUACUCUUGCCCAAAAAAUAUCGUCUUGCUUAGUGGCGUUGGAUAUAUUAUUAACACAAAGUUCAGCGGUCGUUGCUUCGCAUGUGAUACCAACCAAAAGAAAAGUGACAGAGAAUUCAAAAUCUCAAUCGCUCACGGAAAUCGUUUCUGGAAUUAUGGGGAUUCAAGAUCCACUUUCAGUUAAGUCUACGUCUACUUUAGCUGAUUUAGGAAUGGAUUCAUUGAUGGGAGUCGACAUCAAACAGACCAUCGAACGUAGCUUUGGAGUGUCAUUGAAUAAUUCUCAAGUACAACAAUUGAAGUUCAGCGAAUUGGAAAAUGUCGGUUUGAAAUGAAAUUCUAGUUGUGUGUUUAUUAUCAACAUUUUGAAGUUCCUGUUUAAUUGUUUAUGCGGAUUUUUCACAUUGACUUUGACUCUCUAGUCACUUAUAUAUUGUAUAUUGUUUUUUUUUUGUAUUUGAAGUUUGAACAUUGGCGAAUAUUAUAUUGUGUAAGUAGUGAAGUUUAUAAGAUUGUGUGAUACUGCCCUUCAAGCACUCAAAUAGAAAUCUACCGCUAAUGGAUAUAAUAUUUUCUUCAAAAUAUUUUAGUUAAUGGACAUUAUAUAGCCUAUAUACUUAGCACUAUUUAUUUUAUUUUUAUCAUUUUUAAUAUUUGUGUUUCCAAUCUAUCAACUAUAAAUCUCGGAUUGAAUUAUUCGUCCAAUCAGAACAGUUUAUAGAUAAUUAUUCACUAGAGUGCAAUACGUACAACUUUUGUCAUUAAAAGUCGUAGAUUUCUAUCGUAUAUGAAACAUGGAAUGUGUGUUAAAAGUACAGAAAUGUAAUUAUUAAAAUCAAUUGAAUUCGUUGUCAACUGUCAAAUAUGAAUAAAACUAAAAUAUUAUUCAUUUUA